AAACAAUGUUAUUCAUCUCCAGACUUCUUUGGAAAAAAAAAUAAGGGUUAGCGAGAGAAAGGUCAUCAGGUCAUAGAAAAUCUACCUCAACAAAUUCCGGCUGACCCAUACAAGCGUAGAAAAGUGGGCGUUAAAGGAUGAGAUGUGUGUAUAUGUCCUUGUCAUUGCAUGCUAAUUGUAAACAUGUAUGGCCGUGGGAGAAAUAUUAACUUCUUAAAUGUACAGAAUUACACAGAAUGAUACAACCAUUUGGCCAUCUUCUAUGCUUCCUGGAAGAAAGUGAACGAUCAUUAAUGAUACCCAUGACACAGUCUCCAGCAUCCUUUUGAGGUUUCUUUUACAUCUAAAUUACAGUGGCAUUAAAGAAACUUUUAUACGAGAGAUACAUCAACAUUACUGUCUUUGAAAGUUGAAAGGAAGUUUUUUAUACAGAAGAGAUAUCUGUGGAAGAGUUGCUGUGAAUUAUUUGAUUUAACUGAAAUUCUUUGUGAUAUUUCUUGACUUCACUGUCUGUUAUGUGUUCAAGAUGGUUUUCACCUUCAAAUGUAUUUGGAAUAAGAAAGGAAUUCUCAGCCUCUUCAGAUAUUGACAAAAAUUCCAGUUCAGUGAAAUAUAUCACAAUAAAUACCAGUGUGGAAUAAAAAGUUAAAACUGAAAAGCAAAAAAGGAUUCAUACAUUGUGGUGAAAGAAAGAAAUAUGAUGGAAAAUGAAUUGUGUGGGGAGAAUAUUAAAUGUGAAUCAGAGUCUACAAGGACUGGUUUUAUUGAUGAGAAGCCAAUGGAUGUAUGUAACCCAUCUUAUCAAUGUGAUUUCUGUAAGAAGUCAUUCUCCGGAAAAGGUGACCUUAUAACUCAUACAUAUAUUCAUACAGGAGAGAAACUGUUCCAGUGUGAUAUCUGUGGUAAAUCGUUCUCUGGAAAAAGCAUUCUCACUAGACACAUACGUAUUCAUACAGGAGAGAAACCAUAUCAAUGUAAUGUUUGUGGUAAAUCAUUCACUCAUACAGCUGCUUUAAUUAGACACAUACGUAUUCAUACAGGAGAGAAACCAUUCCAAUGUGAAAUCUGUGGUAAAUCAUUCUCUCUAAAUAGCAACCUACGUAAACACAAACGUAUCCAUACAGGAGAGAAACCGUACCAAUGUGAAAUCUGUGGUAAAUCAUUCUCUAAUCCAGAUAGUUUGAGUAAACACAAACUUAUUCACACGGGAGAGAAUCCAUAUCAUUGUUCUAUCUGUGGCAAAUCUUUUUGUGCAAGCAGUCGCUUAGCAGCACACAGACGAAUUCAUACAGGAGAUAAGCCAUGUCACUGUGAUAUCUGUGGCAAAUCAUUUUUUAUGAUGUAUGAUUUAAUUUUACACAAACGUACACAUACAGGAGAGAAGCCAUACUACUGUGAUAUCUGUGGUAAAUCAUUUUCUGUAAAUGGCAAUCUAACUCGACACAAGCGUAUUCAUACAGAAGAGAAACCAUUCCAAUGUUAUAUCCGUGAUAAAUCAGUCUCUCAAUUUAACAGUCUAACUCAACAUAAAUUUGCUCAUACAGGAGAGAAGCCAUAUCAGUGUGAUAUCUGUGGUAAAUCAGUCUCUCAAUUUAACAGUCUAACUCGACAUAAAUUUGCUCACACAGGAGAGAAGCCAUAUCACUGUGAUAUCUGUGGUAAAUCAUUCCUUAACAGUAACUCUCUAAGUACGCACAAGCGUGUUCAUACAGGAGAGAAGCCAUAUCACUGUGAUAUCUGUGGUAAAUCAUUCUCAGUGAAUAGCAAUCUAAACCAACACAAAAGCAUUCACACAGGAGAGAAACCAUAUCGUUGUGAUAUCUGUGGUAAAUCAUUCUCUCAAAAUAUCCAUCUAUCUGGUCACAAAUAUGUUCAUACAGGAGAGAAGCCAUAUCAUUGUGAUAUCUGUAGUAAACCAUUCUCUCACAAUAGCACUUUAACUGCACAUAGACGUAUACAUACAGGAGAGAAACCAUUUCGCUGUGAUAUCUGUGGUAAAACAUUCACACAAAGUAGCCAUGUAACUGUACACAAACGAACACAUAGAGAAGAGAAGUCAUGAGUGUGAUAUCCAUGGCAAAUUUUAUUACAAUAGCAGUCUAACUACAUAUAAACAUACACAUACAGGAGAGAAACCAUAUCACUGAUUCUCUUGCGAAAAAGAAGAAAGUGCACAUCUCUGCAUACAUAGAGAACUGCAACUUUAUCAGUCAGUAUGUGGAAGAAAUCUUAUCAGAUGCAUUAUCACACAGCAAAUGUAAGAGAAAAUCUCAUGGCACAUGAUACCAAACUCUUGAAGCUGUGUCUUAGAACAAGCUCCACUAAUGAUGGAAUAAAAUACUUCACAAGACCCAUUCUCUCACAACACUUCCAUUUAUAACGUAUUUCAGAAGGAAUAAAAGAUGCCAUUUGACAUUGUUUCUGCUGCAAAGGGUUUCAGUUGAAUAGAUUGACCUCAAUACUCUUUUAUAAUCUUGUACUUAUUCUAUCUGUUUCCUUUGCUGAACUGCUAAGCUAAAGGAUGUAAAGCAGUACAUCUUGCUCGAUGUGCUUCUUGUUGCCAAUCUUCAUCUGUUUCUGAGCUAGGGAAUAUUUCUCCAUGGCUGGACAUGUUUACACCAAACAUUGAAAUCGAAGAAUGCUGUGAGACAGCAAUGGUGAAAUCCCCCAUGAUAUGAGGACAAGACAGCUCACACACACACACAAUAUCCAAGUGGCUGAAAUGUGUCAUCAGAAAGAGCACACAGGAAUCGUGACCUGAAUGCAGCCUAAACCCUCCGGUGGCACAUGGAGAGACUGCUCUAUCGACAGUUGUAUAAUAUCAGUGUUUCUGGCAGAAUGGUUAGCAUGUCGGGUGAAAUUCUUAGCAGUAUUUCAUCAGUCUUUAUGUUCUAAGUUCAAAUUCUGCCAAGGUCAACUUUGCCUUUCAUCUUUCGGAAUAUAUAAAUGAAG